AAAACAACAUAUAUGAAAACAGUUUUGUAUUUAAUUUAUUAUAAUCAUGAUCCGUAAUAUAAAUCGCUAAUUUUUUUUAAUAAUUUUUUUAAUAUUUAUUAAUUUUAUAUAAUAAAUAACUGUAUAUUAAAAGUUUAAGAUAAGUUAAAUUUUUAUACAUGUAUUAUAUAGUUUACUAAUAUUAAUCCAUUGUUGGCCAACAAUGUUUCCUCUGAACCCAUUGUUCCCUCCUCUUAUCAAGGAUGGUUGUUCACGCAUCAGCGGAGAUACACCAUCACACACAACACUCCAGUUCCCUAUGAUUCCUGGUUCUCCGGUGCUGAGCCACCUGAGGAUUGGUCGUCUACUCCACCACCCCCUCCUCCUCCUUUGAACGCUUCUCCUCCAAACAACAUCGCUCCAGCUUCUAACGGCGCUGUUAAAAUGGAUUUUUCUCCGUUGCCGGAUGCAGCUAAAAAUGGAUACUUCCUGCUUACAAGUCUUGUUCGGAGUAUGGAUCAAUGAAACGUGUGUGGUGAGAUAUUUCACAAUAGUAUGGACCAUAACGUGUUUGAUAUUUCACAAGUAUGGACCAUGGAAUUUGUAUGUGUGUGAUAUUUCACAAUAGUAUGGACUAUGGCAAGAUUGUUGCUCCAAAAUAAGUUGUUGUGAUGUGUUGUUGUUUUUUUUUUUAAAUCAAAGAGUUGUAGAUAUUUGCUAGUUAUGUAACUUCAUCUGUUUAUUUUGUGCAAACUUCUCUUUUAGGGGUUAUAGUUAUAUGUUCCUUUUAUAACGGAUCUAAAUAAAUAGAUAUUUCUUAUGAAAUUAAAAUAAUAUAAUAUUUCAUUUUAUUCUAUACGAUAUAGAAGAUUGAAUGGAAAUAUAAGAUUCUCUAUCUAUAACACAUUUUUAUUUCUUUUGUUAUUUUCAUACUCACCAUCUAGAUAUGACUUGUGAGAAAAGGUCCAUUGAGGCGGAUCUAGCAAAUGUUACAACGUGUAGCAUACCAUAUAUUGAAUAACUUUUUUUUUUGGAUCUCAGUGACAGUCUUGAAUCUUUAUUUUCAGUUUAUAAUCUCUCUUGCUACAUGGACCAAUGUUUGGUAAGAGAACUCUAGACCAAAGAUUCACUUUCUCCUCCAAAAGAUUUAUUGCUAACCAAAACCAAGGGAUCUUUAAAUGCUUAUUUUCGGAGUGCAUAUCACACAAACUAUUAUAAUUAAUUAAUUGGAUUUAUUCAAGAUUAUGUGUACUGAUUAGGUACACAUUAUGCUGAUGAACUUUAAUCCGUGAUAAUGUUUGUAGACCACGUAAAUCAGCUGCAAUUUGGGUCUCACGUCUAAUUCUAAGCUUAGAGAAAGCAUAACGUUGAUGAGUCUAUCGUGCCUAGACCUUUCUAAGGACAUUAUAGAACUUAAAUGAACGAUAGAAACAGAACAAGCCAUCAAGAGUACGUGAAUCGUGAUGUUGAUUGAAUAAAAUGAAAGAUUGACUCUCUUUAGUUAACUAGUACACACUUGACUUUACUUUCGUUUUUUUUAUAAACACACUGACUUGACUAGUACACAUUUGAAAUCCGGAUACAUAUGUCCAAAGAUUUUGUUUUAAAGUUGUACAGCUAGCUGCUAAAGUGCUAAAGCGGUUUGUUAAAUGCCACGUGAUAUUAAAAUUGUCUAUUGCAUUUGGUACAUGUUUUAAUAUGUGGUCUCGUGCGUCUUUGUUCGUUUUGAUUGUGAAAGUUGACUGUUUUUUUUUUUAGAAAAAAGAGGGGAAAGGUAGCUGAAUAAUUAAACGUUGAAAUAAUUUUGGAUCAUCAAAACUAAUCAUCAAUCAUCAUCAGUUUUUUUGUUAGAGUUACAUAAACAUACAACCAAAUCAGACGUUGAAUUAGUUUCUUUUGGUGAAGGAUGCAAUAAGAUUAGAGUUUCUUGAGGAAUAUAUUGGUUCUCGUUUUCUUAAAUCUUGAUUUUUUUUGGAUCUCAGUGACAGUUUUGAAUCUUUAUUUUCAGUUUAUAAUCUCUCUUACAUGGACCAACGUUUGAUAAGAUAACUCUAGACCAAAGAUUCACUUUCUCCUCCAAAAGAGUUAUUGCUAACCAUAAUCUUUGUAUUCGUGUUUUAGUACAUACAAUACAAAAUGAUACUAUUUAAACUAUUAUACUUUAUUGGAUCUGUUCAAGAAUGAGCACGAAUGAGUAAUAACGUUUGUACACCACGUAUAUCAGCUGCAAUUUGGGUCUCACGUCUAGUUAUAAACCUAAAAUGAAAAAGUUGAUGAGUCUUGUGCCUAAAAUCUUUGUAAGGAUGACAAUAUUGAAUCUAAAUGAAAAAAUAGAAACAGAAAAAGACAUUAAGAGUAGGUGUACGUGAUGUUGAUUGAAGAAUAUGCAAGAUUGAUUCUCUUUAGUUAAUUAGUACACACUUGACUUCGCUUUUGUUUUUUAAUGAACACACACGUAACUAGUAAAAAUUUCCAAAGAUUUGGUUUUGGAUUUAUACAGCUAGUUGCUAAGUGCUAACACGGUUUGUUAAUGCCACAUGAUAUUUAAAUCGUCCAUUGUGUCUGGUGCAUGUUUUAAUAUGUGGUCUCGUGCAUCUUUGUCUCGUCUUGAUUGUGAAAGUUGACUGUUUAAAAAAAAAGAGCUGAACGUUAGUUGAAUAAUUAAACACUGAUUGUUUAUAGAUAAUCACAUAUGUGAGUCUAACAUCAAUAUAUGUGGCCUUCUAUAUGUAUCUUACGGUCAGACCAAACUAAUGUGGAUGAAUUGUAUGGCAUAUUUGAUUUUUCUUAUAAAAAUUCCACUAUUGUACAAUUUUUGGCAUACUAUAACUUUUUAAAACAGCUUAGGUAUUUAGUUUAGUUAUAUAUAAUAUAUAUAUGAUCAAGUUGCCAAGUAAUAUUGGGUUCAGAUUUAAGCUUAUUACAGCCAUGCUAAUCUAACAUGUAAGCGUGACUAUAAUAUUUAAGUACAUAUAUAAUAUUAGAGAAUAUGCUAGCUGUUGAAUGAUAUAGGUUUGCAACAAUUGCUUACAAUAUAUGGAAUGAUAUACUAUCACUGUGGGAUCUCAACACUGAUAUAUGCAAAAAUGUGUUCUAACUCUUUUUAUCCUUCCUCUCUUCAAAGCUGUUUUGUGUAUGAAAUAAUAAUUUAUGAUGUGGGUUGAGCAUUCAACGGGAACAAAACAUUCAAAUGUCACAACAGAGUUACAGGGUGCUGCUAAGCGAAGUGGUUCAUUAGAGCAUGUUUAUUGGUGCAAUCCCUUAGUGGGUGCUUAGUGAAUUUUUAAAUAUUAAAAUUGUGAUGGGGUCAAAAAGAAAAGAACCAAACUAUGAGGACUGGAUGUGCAAAAUAGCCAAAAGUAGCCAUUGAUGUCUCACGAGUCUUUCGAAUGCGACGGCGAACUUGAUUCCAACGAUGAGCAGCACGACGGAGCUGAACUGACGAUGUCGAAACUGAGGUGGAGGAGAGCUGACGACGCCGAUGGGUCUGUGCAGUGGAGGAGAGCUGAGACGUUGGGGAUUGAUGAUUGGAGCAUCGGAGAGGGGAGAAACAACCAACCAUGGUCUCCAAUCUCGAGAUGCAGAGCGGCUUCAUGGCGUCGAGGAGUCGUCGAGGUGUCGAGGACUCCCUGUUUCGCCACCGAGAGAAGAAAAAGAAAAAAGACGAAAGACGACACUGCUCCUCCAGCCAACCUGAUUGUGCCACGUAUCCGCUAAGCAACGUGCCUUCGAGACCCAAAUUAGGCGACGUCCUUUGUUUAAUUGUCUAUUUUCCUUUUAUUAGCUCUAUAUGAUGGUGCAGGUGCCUGUUAAGGUUCGUGUACCAAUUAUCAAGUUUGUCAAGAAGAAAAGCAGUAUUUCAUUUGAUAUGAGGUAAUUAUUUUUUUGUUUACAUACUAGCUUUCCUUUCAGAACCGGUCUGCUUUGAACAUUUGAUGCUUUUUUCCCUUCUGUCUGCUAUCUCUCACUCUUCUUUGCCAUGAUCGAACCCAUAAAGUGGAGCAUUGCCCACAAGUCAAAUGAGCAACACGAUCAGGCGAUUGUGUUUGAUGUUUAGGAUGCUUUUUCUUCAAGCCUACACUGAUGCCCAUAAACUAUGUUGAGGAAAACAUAGGAAAGCAGAGAUUCGACUAUUGUUGUAAUUAUUAUAAUUGAAAAAGCGAAGAUUGAACUAUCUGAGGGUGUGGAAAAGGAAAUGAUAAGACUAAAGUCUCUGAAUCAAUUACAUUAUGUACAUCGAAAAUACACAAUAGUUAAUUGGGUUCAAUCCAACUAAAACUCUAUAAGCUUUGCUUUAGAUAAUCUCAUUGCCGGAUUUGAAAUUUUUUUAAUUCUUAUGAUAUUUAUUCUUAAUUAGGUUUUCGAAUGGUCACUACAUAUAUUUCACAUAUACUAACAGUUUUGACCACUCAAAUGGCAACAAAAUACUUGUUAACAAAAGUCAACAAUGUCAAGAGCGACCUAUACUAGACAUCAAGGACACACACACACACACACAAAAAAACAGCAAGAGAAUACAAAAGAAACUGCUAGCAUUUUAAAUUUCAUGAUAAGUACUCAAGACUAUGGAGAUUUCUGUUAAUUAUUCUUUACUUUCUUAAAUAAUUUAUAUUUUUGGUCUGUAUAAUUUGAUGAUACACAAUCCUUCAGAGACUUGGAUCAGUUGUUUGGUGUUGCAACUUGGAAGGUGGAGCCUACAAAAACUUUCUCUACAGCUUCUGUAAACAUGGAUAGAUUUCUUUUGGCUGAGACAGAGAGAGAGGAGAGAGAGAUUCUGGUUCAGGAUCUUGUUCAUGUUCAUCAUCUGAGGAAACAAACAACAAGAAUAUAUAUAUUUUACGCUGUAAUAAACUGCUCGUCUUUGUAUAAACUAAAGUUUUCAUGUCGAUGAGAAACUUCACAAUGAUUUCAAAGUUCGAAUAUGCAAUCAAAUUAGGAGAAAUCUUCACAAAUAUAUGACAAACUUGUGAGGUCUAUAAAGAACAUUAUUGAAGUGCAUGUCUCACGUGAAAAAUGCAAGAUUUGAUGUUUGAAUGAUUUUGAAAAGGGAAGUUUACUAAAAUGACACACAUUAAUUGUGUUAUUACUAUAAACUCAUAUUUAUUGAAAAUUAUUAGAAUGUUUUUUGGUCGAAAUUGUCCUUGUCCAUAGUUAUAACUUAUAACAAAAAAAAUAUUAUUACCAAAGUACCCUUAACAUUUGAUCGACAGCAGAUUUAUUUUCAAAAGGAUAUAUCUGUCGAAUAAUAAGUAUGUUUAUAAAAUCUGUAUAGAAAAAAGAUCUACCGUUAAAGUGGUGUCAGACUUUCUUAGAAACGUUAGAUUUUUUUUCACGACAGAGUUAAUUGUCCGAUUUGAAUAGAAAACAUAUUUAAAGAAAAAAUGUCUAUCGAAUGAGGUAGCAGAUUUGUUAUAAAUGAUAAAUUUUUAUGGUCAGGUUAUUUUCUUAUGUACAAAUUUAUUUUCUUAUGUACAAUAUAUUUUCUUACGACAGAGUUAUAUAUCCGACUUAAAAUUGUUGGUAGACUUUUUAAAUUUAUGUUAUUAGCAGAUUUAUCAAGGGAAAUCUGGAUUUAUAUAAACCAAACUUAAUUUAGUGUUCAGUUUCGACCCGGUUUACGUUAAUAAAUAUCUCUUUAUACACAGCGAACAGAAGAUAUCGACUUGGUAAAUAUUUAACAAACCUGAAUCGUUUUGUUGUUGCUAGUCGAAGUUUUUCAAAUAACAACUUGGAGAAACCAAUGAAUAAGAGGAAGAUGAGUUUGUGUUUUUCUUGAAUAAGAGGAAGAAGAUAUGUUGUUAAAAAAAAUAAGAAGAAGAAGAUAAUGUGAUACGUUGAUGAUCGAUGAACAUAAUUAGGUUAAGUUGUAUUUUUUUUCUCUUUACUUUCAUAAUAGAUAAUUACUCUUUAUUAAUUAAUUACCGAGUAAAAAUAUAUGAUUCCCUUAUUUACAGACAAGCAUGAAAGAAAUAUUCCUUAAACAAAUAAACUUUCAAAAAUAACCAGAAAAAUUUUUAUUUGCAUAAGUGGAGUAUUGAACCCGGGUGUGUAAUAACAAUCAGGGAAGCGUCUCAACCACUGCACCACUGAUUCUUAACGUAAUAUAAGGCCGAACAAAUAUUGAUAAAUCGUAGGACCGGACGUCAAUGCUUCUGCCGCUUCCCUUCAGAGCCGCUACUGGCUGCCGAAACCACAAUUUAGACGGUUCAGCUUAUAUAUAUAAUUUCUGAAAAACCCAUUGAAACUGAUGGAAUUGUAUAGCUACAUCGGGAACAAGCCAGCAAAGUACACCAGUCUAAUCACUACUAAUCAGUAAUCACAGUUUUAUUCAAAUUAUAUAAUAUCUUUAAGUUUAAAAAUGAGCAGCUUAAAGAAUUCAAACUAAAAGCGGUGUAGAAUUAAAGUGCAGGACGGUGCAAUUGCGGUUCAUGCGGAAUUAAAAUACGGUACGGGACAACUGCGGUUUUUAGUAAAAAGCGGUGUGAAAUAUUGUUUGAUUGGUGACAAUACAUAUUUGUGAAUAGUUAUUUAAUAAAUAAAAUAAUAAUGGUAUAGAGUAUAAAAUAUAUUAAACUAAUAUAAAUAAUAAUAAAUAUAUUUUAAAAUAAAAAUGUCUUAAAUUGAAAUGUGUUUGAUAAGUGUGGUUUUGAUAAAAUAAACGAUACAGAAUAAUGUCUGAUUGAUGAAAAAAUAUUUUUCAGUUUUGCUAGAUAAAUAUUAAUAAUAUGAAGAAAAAAAUUUGGUUUCGAUUCUUGGGUUCUAGAAAUAUAAGAUUUGUUCGGGUAACUGGUAUAAAUUUUUUGAUUCAGUUUAGUUCUCCGAUUCCGGACAAAUAUACACAUGACUAUAUGUUCAUAUAUUUAAUAAAAAAAUUUGGGUAUUUUUUUUUUAUUAUUUACCUUUUAAUUAUUUUGAAUAACUAUAUAACUGAAAUAUUAUCAUGUAUGAUUUUAUCAAAAGUUUAAGUAUUUUUAUUUAAUAACGGUAAUUAAUAGUUGAUUAUUUGUAAAAUUUAAACACACAAAAAAUUGAAUUAAAAACUCAAAUAUAUAUAUAUAUAUAUGAUAGAAUUUUGUUUAUAUUCUGCAUAUAGAUUUAAAACACAUAUACUAGAAUACAUAAUAUUUAUAUAUAUUUAACAUAUGUGUCACGCACACUUAGCAAACAUAUAGGUAAAUAUAUUAAUUAAAAAAGUUAUCUAAUUAUUUAAUGUGCAAAGGCGUUUUUUCAUUGAACCGCAUGGUUUUGUCUGAUAAACCCAAGUUGAAGUACGUUUUUCAUGCUGAAAAAAAAGUACGUUUUUCAUUUUUCUGUGUAUUUUGGAUGAUUCGAAAUCUGUGUGUGGAUUUGUAUUUUUUUAAGAAAAAAAAAACGUUUUGAUGCACAUAAAUUGUGAUGGGAUUGGUAAAUGCAUAGUGUUUUUUUUGUAAUUCCUCUUUGAAAUCAGCGUUUUUAAGUCACCAAUCACUGCAUAAAUAUGAGGGAAAAGAACCCAUAGUCUUUGCUCAAAAAAAAAAAAAAAAAAAAAAAAGAACCCAUAGUCAAGGAUAGUCAAAGGAUUUGGUCACUAUAAUAUAAAUCUUUGUUCAGAAGUAAAUAACUCAUCCACACGUCCUAUCCAAAAUAUCAAUGUCUUUAAUUUUUGUUACCAAAACUAGUCUCUUUUGUUAAAGAAUGAAAGCAAGAAGUAGCCUGUCGCCAAUUUUCGUUUUCCAUUUUUGCAAAACUCAUAUACUUUAGUGUAUUUACAUUUUUUUCCUCUAUUUACAUUUAUCUAAAGAAGAUUCCUUUUGUCAACAUUCACAUUUAUCUAAAACACUCUGAAGUAGCUAAAUCAUUAGUAUUUGUUAUUUUAAUUGGAUGAGACACGACAACAAAUAAUAUAAUAUAAGACUGACAUAAUUUAAUAUAAGACAGACACUGUAUAUAUAUAUGUGAGACAACUCACAAGAUUAAGGAAGAAUACCCGGCCUUGCCAGCCAGUCUAUCCAGCAAUCUACUGAAUUGUCCAUCUUUGGUAGGUUCUGGGGCAGGCCGCCAUGAUAUACGAACUCGAUCCAAAAAUCAUUUAGCUAGAAUCGCUCCGACACACUGGGACGUUAAAAUGAAUCACCACUUACUUUGCAGGUCUGUAUCACAGUGUCAGACACAAUUAAUGCGAUCACUCCAAAAUGGUCUUUCGUGUUUGAUUCACAUUUCUUUAUUCUGUUGUCUUUCUUUUUCAUUCAAGUCGCUACUUUUUAUCGGUUUAUUAUUUUGUUCAGAGUAUCGUCGUUUUGCAUUAUUCAACUAUUAGUUACUUUCUUUUGUGUUUGAUUCACAUUUAUUUAUUCUGUUGCUGAUCGUUUUCAUUCUAAUCGCUAUUCUUAAUAAUUUGUUCAUCUGAUCAGUGUCGUUGUCUGCAUUCUUGUACUAUUAUUUUUUUGUUAUUAUGUCAUUCAACUCUUUGCAUGAUUUAUUUAUAUGAGUUCAGUUGAAGUUUAUUAUCAUGGAUAGGGUUUAUCAACAUUCAGAUUUUUUAUUUCAUAUAAUGGAAAUAUGUUUUGCAAUAACAUAAGCUUUAUAUUAAAAAAUACAAUCGCAUAAAUUUUAAAUUAAAAUCGCACAUUUAAAAAAUGUAUUCUAAGCAUAUGAACAUAGUAAGAUACUAGUUGAAAAGGUGAAACAGAAACGACUGUUUCAAAAAAAAACAGGAAAAACAGAAACUACUUUUUCAAAUUCAAAAUCAAACUUAGAGCUUAGAAAAACAUGAAUCCAAAAAAAUAAAGAUAUAAGAAAUAGGUAAAUAAACAAAAUUCAGAAUACACAAUCAAGAAUCUAGUUUAUUUAAUAUGUUUAGUAUAUUAUAGAUAGGGUUUAUCUUUCUUUCUUUUUGAACAACACGAUAGGGUUUAUCUACAUUCGGAUUUUGACCCGUUGGAGCUCCAUUAUUGAAUAAAAAAUCGACCUUUGAUUUUUGUAUAUAAAAAUCUGAUCCGACUUUUAUUUGUUAGUCAAGUGAAAACUCAUAUAUCAUGCAUUGAAGAAACCAAUAUUAAGCGUAUUUAAGAAUCAGUUUAGAAUGUAUAUAUUUUUAGCGUAUUUACAUUUUUUUUAAACAUUAUUUGAUACCAAGAACAAACUAUAUAGUAUCAAUUCUAAUUUGCAAAAGCUGAUCCCAAGAAUAACUUCCUCACUGAUUCCCACGAGUUUUUUUGGACAGCACAAGACACCAAGCAACUCUCUGGCCUGCUCAGUCUGAGGGAACAAUUAAUUUAAUCACUCCAAAUCCAUACUCAUAACAAAAAAAGUUAGUAUGCGUUUAUAGAUUAUAUAUGUACUAAAUUAUUUGUCCAGAUAAUUAUAAAUUAUGGAUUAUUAAAAACCAACCAGUACCCAUAAACUGAGAUAAGUAAACACCAAUUAGUACGCAAUCUUUUCAAACAAAUUAUCCUUAUUCAUACACAUUAUAGCGAACUAUUAUUGAUCUUCCUUUUUGGGGCAAGAAAACAAGUGGGUGGAAAUCAUAUAUAGAACUACAAGAUAAUCAAAGAUGAAUAGGCAUAAGAGCUAAAAAGAAUAGAUAUAAUAAAUUAUUUUGAAGUAUAUAGAACAAAAGUCAAGUUUUGAAAUUAUAUUGCAUUUAAAAGGUUUUAGAUCAAGUUACCAAUAGAAAAUGCAGUGUGCAUAUUCUCUAACAAGAUUUAAACACACAAAUUAUUAAUGAGGUGUCACAUUCUUUCAAACACACAAAUCAUUAGUGUCUUCUAGAACCGAAAUGGCCAAAGACGCUUUCUUAUUGUAUACACAAAAAUGCAAAGCAAUCAUUAUUGAUCUUAAUAUAUAGAAAAUUAAGGAAAGCAAAACUUUUUAAACAUAAACAUACUUACGAAAGCCUAUUAUCGGUAGAUAAAUAUCACAAUGAUCGAAAUACACCGUAUGAUAUCUUACUCGAGGACACUAACUACAUGUAUACACACAUGUACAAGUGUAGUCUUUAUAGAACAACAAAACAAAGUCAAACAAUGAACGAUAAAUCAAAAAGGUUUCUUCUGUAUUACCACAUUUAAAUAUUUUUAGUUUUAUGUCACGAAUACAAACCAACCUAUCUCGUCAUGGUAAAGAAAAAGAAAAUAAAUUUAGUUGCAGUCCUUAUUUAUAAAAGUAAAGUAAAAUAUUUUCAUGUAUUUCAGUAUGUUUGUUACAUAUAAAAAUAACUGCACUGCUACAGAUUAAUCAAGAACCAGCCAACAACCCUUAGAUAGCCCUUUUAAAAAAAACAAUGGUUAUAUCGAUAUUGAAGACUCUUAAAAUAAAAAUUUGCAUAAAUGGCUUCGAUCGUAACACAUAAUCAUAGGGUUAAGAUAGAUAAAUCUAUCUAAUCAUUAGCUUGGUAGGAACAAAAAAAAAAAUUAUUUGGAAACGUGAUUGACCCGGUCCAUCUUCUGCUUCAGCUGCUGCCACCCUGUGUUAGAAUCUUCAUAAAUACAUAAUGUUUCACAAAAGAAAAGUAUUUAUUUAAUGGAGUAGUUCACAAAGGAAAGUAUAUUUAUUUAAUAGAACAAAGAAAAGAAAAGGGACCUUUUGAAGAGAUUCCUUAGUGUUUUUUUUUUUGAACUGAGAUUCCUUAGUGUUAUUUCUGUGUUAUUCCAACACAUCACUUGUUUAUCAGUUUCUUUAUUUCUCAAGGUUUAUUCUAUGAAGCUUAGAAAAGUCAUAAUGUAAGCAAUUUAUAUCGUCAGAACUUUUUUUUUUUUUUUGAGAAAGGGUUUUAUAUCGUUAGAACUUGGAACUGCUUGGAUUUGGAAUAUUGUUUUUCCAACAAUAAAGUAUUGAUAAAACGUCGGAGAAGUAUAAUUUACUAAGUUAGUUAAUUCUGUUUUUUGGCAGAAAACUUAUAAUUUGAUUUUUUUUUAUGAAGUUUUUGUUUUUUUUUUUUGAUCAAAUAUGAAGCGUUAGUUAAUUCUGUUUUUAUGAAGCUUUUGUAUGGUGUGAUUUGUGGAGUGUGAGGAAAGAACACAACGCGUAGAUGUUUAUAUAUUUGAGGGGACCCAUCCUGUUAUCUCCACUUGGAUGCUGUGAUUGGAUGUGUCUGUUAGUGUUAGACACGUGGCGUUUCAGGAUCCUCCUGUCGGAUAGGAAGACUUUGACCUUGAACAAGAAAACCUUUUUAUCUAUACUAGUAUUAAAAGAAAAAAAGAACAAGAAAACCUUUUUAUCUAUACUAGUAUUAAAAGAAAAAAAGUUUUAAAAAACCUACUUAAACAAGAUUUUUUUUGUAAAAAAACUUACUUAAACAAGACUGUUGGACUUAUUCCUUUUUAAUCUAAUUUGUUAUAACUAACCAAAUAUAUAAAUAUCCUUUAUUAUAGGCUAUAGAAACAUAAUUUGUGGGACCCUAAAAUUAAAUCGAUUACUACUUUUUUUUAUUUCUUAAUUGAUCAUUAUUCUUAACGCUAAUAGUUAUGUUAGAGGUCCGACUAGAUACACGUAUGAACCAGAAGAAGCAAAAUACAUAUGUUAACCUUAUUACGAAUCAACUUUGCAAAAAUCUUCUUUUUUCAUAGAAAUAUUGUAUAUUACUAAAACUGGUAAGCCAACAUUCAUUUACACCUUCGGUUAUAGAACUUAAACCGGCCAUAACAUAACAAAAGAAUGCCUAACCCAAAUUUACCACAAAAAACAGUCGAACUCUGAAACCUGACCAAACAUAUCGGACAAGACUAAACAACAUUUAUUUAAUUAAUGGAAUAUAUAUAUAUAUAUAUAUAAAUUACAUUAAUUAAAUAAAUAUAUAAUUAAAUAUAUAUAUAUGAAAGAAAUAACUCAUAACAAACAAACCUUCUUCUUGAUGCGUAAUUCAAAAAUUAACAAAUUUACUUUAUAUGACAAAAUCAAAUAAGUUAUUCAAUUUUAUGUACUAUUACAAAGUAUUGGAGAAGUUUAAUUAAUUUUUCAAAAAUAUUAUAAAAUUUUUUCGGUUUUUUUUUCGGAUCAACCGGUGUCGGUUCACGGGUUAAUAGCAGAUUUUUGAGUUUUAUCGAAUUUUUAAUUAAUAGGUUUUCACUAAAUCUGAAUUUUGUGGAAAUUAUAUCAUUUGGUAGAAAUAUAAUUAUACAUGAAGAAUAUAAGCCAAUUCUGAUUUUAUAUGGCCAGUGAACUUACCGGUUUGACUGUAGGUUCAGAUCGGAUACAAAAACAUUUCUUAUAUCUUGAUUAGUUAAUAUUUGUUACAAUCCGAUCAUAAUAAUUAAUGACCGGAUAUAAAAACAUUACUUAGUUAAUAUUUGUAAGAAUUUAAUUUGCAUUUUAAAAUUUUAGGUAUCCAUUUAGUUUCGUUUGGUUUCAAAUAUUCGGUUCAAGAGAUAUAUGAUAUUUUUGGUUAUUUAUGAAAUUCAUUUCAAUUAUAGUUUCUUUUUUAUUUAAGUUUGGUACGGUGAAUCCGAAUAAAUGUGUCAGAAGCUAUAUAUUAUUUUAUAUAGAAGUGUAUUAAAAGUUAUUUAAUUUCAUAAACAAAUCCGCGUUUAGAAAGCGCGGAUCAAAAUCUAGUUUUUUAGAGGAGAAGAAUUUUAAAAUAACCAUGCACUCAAUAGAUAGUACUAUUAUUAUACGGACCAUGUACUCAUGAUAAUAUACGAAUAACUAAUUUGAUUUUUUUUGACUUAUAAGCUUUCGUAUGUUGUGAUUUGAGAGGAAAGAAAAUUACGCGUAGAUGUUUAUAUAUUCUAAGGCCCCACUCCACUUGGAUGCUGUGAUUGGGUGUGUCUGUGUACACGUGGCGUUUCCGGAUUAGUCUUUCUGUUGGAUAGGAAGACUUUGGCCAUGAACAAGGAAAUCAUUUUUAUUUUUCUAAAAGGAGAAGAAUAUUUUAAAAUAACUAUAACUCAUUAAGUAAAUUAGUACCAACUAUACUUUAAUAAACUUUUGUUUCUGUGUAAAUUAUAAUACUUCCAUAGACUAUAAUAAAGUGGUAGCAAUGAUCUAAUAACAUAAUACAUAAUCUAAAAACAUAAUUAAAAACUAAAAAAAAAAGUAAAAGUUAUUUAUUGAUUCAACCGAUAUCGGGUUCCGAGUUUUACUGGGUUUUUGCGGGUUUCUAAAUACUGAGUUCUUAACAAAAUUCGAACCAAAAUUUUUCUGAGUCAUCGGAUUUAUCGGUUCAAACGCGGAUCCAGAUCGGAUUUCAAAAACAUUGCUUGUGAGGAAGGAGCAACGUGUAGACGGUUUAUAUACCGACGUUUAUAUACCGGUGGAGACCCACGCUGUUACUUCAACGUGGAUGAUGUGACACAUGGCGUCUUAACCCUCCUGCGGAUAGGGAGGCUUUGAAGAUGUGACACAACCGGGAAACCGUUGUAUGUACUACUACGUAUUCCAUUCCUAUUGGAAAAAAAUAUAAAAUUUGGAAUUCUAGGGGAAAUAAUAAGAAAAUAUUACAGAACACGGUUUAUCAAAAGUAAACGUUUGAUUAGAAAAAAAAAGAUUUUCUUAUUAUAAUAUAUGACAACUAAAGUUUCAUGUAUUUUGCAAUGAAAAAAAAAGGGAAUUUCUACAUGUAUUUUGUAAAGUCCACGUGGAUGCUGUAAUAUUGCUUUGCACCAUUUAUUAAUUCAAAAUUUUAGAAACGAUUUUACUUUGUGUAUAAUGAAUCCAAAUGUCUUCACAUAAGCCAAUAAAUGAGGAAAUAUUAUGUUAAUUGUCACACAACUUUAAAUACAAGUUCUAUAUGCAAAAUGAGAUUGAUAAUAAUAAUCUUAUUAUAAUAUACAAACAUGUGUAUUAUUAUAAUACAAAAAAAAAAAUACAAACAUGAAUAUUAUUAUAAUAAAAUUUUGGAAUUUCAGUUAGUACAAAUGUCUCCUUCCCAUUAAUUAACUAAGAUCUCUGUUUCAUCUUCUCCAAGUUUUCUUUCCAGAGAAAAAGAGCUAAAAAGAAUAGAUAUAUAAUAAAUUACUUAAAAGUGUAUAGAACAAAAGUCAAGUUUUUUAAAGGGCAAAUCUUCAAAAUAGCACCUUUCUAAGUUUAUAUCACAAAAAUAGUACUCAAAAAUUAAAAUGACCAAAAUAGCAUUUUAUCUUUUGAAAAAUUUAAAUUUUUUUAUUUUUCAAAAUUUGAAAUCUUAUCCCCAAAACCUCAUUUCUCAACUCUAAACCCUAAAACCUAAACUCUAAACCCUAAACCCUAAAUUCUAAACCCUAAACCCACCCCUUGAAUGCUAUUUUUGUGACUUUUGGCAUUGAGUGCUAGUUUGGGAACAAAAACUUGAUUUAGUGCUAUUUUGGUCUUUUUCUCUUUUUUAAAUUAUAUUGCAUUUAAAAGGUUUUAGAUCAAGUUACCAAUAGAAAAUGCAGUACACAUAUUCUCUAACAAGAUUUAAAACACAAAUCAUUAAUAAGAGAAUAUGUGUACAUUAGUAUCGGUAGAUAAAUGUCACAAUGAUCGAAAUACACCGGAUGAUAUCUUACUCCAUUAAAAAUUAAAAAUUAAACAAAUUAAACUAAUUCCCCUAUACUGACACGGAGAGAUAGGACAAAAAAGAGAGAACAUUUGCGUUUGCGUUUUGAAUGAACAUCUUCUCUCCUAUUUAUUAAUCUUCUUUUGUCUUGCUCCGGAAGAAGAGAAAAGCUCCUCUCUUCUUAAUUUUCCAGGAAAAUGGAUACAUCGAUUCAACUGUUCCAUGUUUACUUUCCCUCUUCUUCUUUCAUCUCCAGAAAAACCCCAGCAAAAGCGUGUGCUUUUUUCCCGGGAAAAAGAACCAACCCACUGAUUCAACCGUUGAAAGUGUCAUUUCCUCCUUCUUCUUCAGCUCAUUUCCUCUCCAUCAAAAACAAGCCUCAACAAAGGAAAGUGAUAUGUAUGAGCGAUGAUAGGGAGGCGAAGAGAGUGAAAGAUGAGCUGAAGACUCUACAGAAAAAAGUUCACAAGGAGAUGCGAAAGAGAAACGUUGACGUGGCGGUGAAGUUAAUCAAAGACAAAAUGGCUGGCUUCGGCGUUACUCUCACUGACGCUGAGGCCAAAAGGAUGGCGGGACUGAGUAGCGGAACUUUUGUCGUGGAGGCGUAUAAUAGAUACGUUGAGGCAAAGGAAAAGGCUACGCCCAAGACCCCGCCCAAACUUCUUGUUGGGAAAUCGAAGAAGGGUGACAAGAAACAGAAGAUUCCGCCUGUGACGACCAAGAAGAAGGAGACCGCCGCCGUUGGAGGGUGGUGGGGGAGACGCCGUUGGAUGAACAUCGGUGGAGGAGGGUGGUGGAGUAGACGCAGUUGGAUGAACGCCGGUGGAGGAGGCAGAGGCGAGCGUGGAGGCGUGAAGAAGUUGACGCCGGUGAGCGUUAAGAAGAAUGUGAUGAGCGUUAAUAAGAAGGCUGGAAGCGGUGGAGAUGCCGGUGAGGGUGGAGAAGACGUGAGAGUGGAGAAGGAGGUGAGGCCGGCGACGGAGACGCCGUCGGAGGACAAGCCUUUGAAGGAGGCAGAGAAGAAUGUGGUGAGCCUUAAGACGGCUGGAAGCGGUGGAGAUGCCGGUGAGGGAGUGGAGAAGGAGGUGAGAGUGGAGAAGGAGGUGAGGCCGCCGGAGGAGGCAGAGGAGAAUGUGGUGAGCGUUAAUAAGAAGGCUGGAAGCGGUGGAGAUGCCGGCGAGGGUGGAGAAGGCAAGGCGUGAGAGUGGAGGCGGCUGCCAGCGUGAAGAAAACGGUUUGUUAAAGUGAUUUUUGAUGGAGAAAGUCACAAAUCUAGAAGUUUAAGUUUCAUAGUUUAAGUAUUCGAAUAAGUUGUUAAAUAGGUUAUCUCUGUGUUUCUUGAACAGUUAGUAAAUUAUCUAGUAAUUUCAAUUUCUCUUUGUGUUUUUGUGUUCUUGAACACUUUGAAAACGUUUCUUGCGUCCCAAGUAAUGUAACUCUCGUUUGGAAAUGCAUUUCGUUUGAGUUAUAGAUGUUCCCAGAGUUCCGCAUGAAACAAAAAGCAUUAACUUGCCUCUCAGACAAAUAUAAGUAAUUACUCUUCUCUUAUACUGUAUAUCGACUCUUGUUUUCUCGUGUAUUCUAGUAGUUAACCGCAAUCGGUUGGUUACUCAUGCGUUACCGGUUAUCAAACCCCUCUUCAUAUAUUUUAUUAGCAGUUUCAGAGAAACAUUUUGGCAAACUAAACCACUCCGGAGCAGUUUAUAUAUACAGAGAAGUAUAAAAGCCAAGAUUAAAUUCAAUACAACAACAAUUCUAACAAAAAAAACAAAGAUAUCUUCAGGCGUUUUGCUAUUAUAGAAAUUUUCCGGUUAAUUACUUCCAAAUUAUAUAAAACUACUAAAAACAAUAAUAAUAUUAAAAACAAUGAUUGAUAAUACAUAAUCAGCAUGAAAAAAAAAACCUAGUCCCCAUAAUAUUAACUAAAAACUUACAAGUAGCAAACGCAACACAAAAUGAGAUGUUACAAAACUUGGCCAACUUUAGAUAAAUAAAAUAUAUAACUAGACCUCAGUUAUUUCACUUUAAGGGCUUCAAGCAACUCACUCUAUCGAAUACAAGCCGCAACCCGCUCUUCCCUUCGGUUUCGUCUCAAGUACUGAUCCACAGCCCAUUAUCUUUCUUUCUCUUCGUUUGUUUUAGAUGCAUUAAUAUAAAUGUAAUUCUUGCUCCGUUUAAUAUUUAAUGCACCAACGCUUAGCCAAAAAAAGAAAAAAAAACUUCCUUCAGAUAAAGAAAAACAUAUUGAACUUGGCCUGUUGGCCUACUUGUUUCAUGACGUACGACUUCUUAAGGUUUACAAAACAAAAUUCGUGUUUUUAAAAAAUGUCAAGUUCAAACGACAUGACAUGACAAAGGUUAAGAGGAGCUACCCUUUUGGUUAGCUUUUCUUUUUUUUAUGAAAAAAAAAUCUUAUUGCUAUUUAUUUAUAAUCUCCGUUGAAUUUAUUUAUUUAGUUUAUUAACCUGGUAACAAUCAUGUUUUUACUCUCCGACAAUAUGAAAAUGAAAGUUCGUGAACCACAACACAACAAACGACAUCGAAAUUAACCCCGAGAUAUUCGUUAUCCUAAAGUUCAAAUACAGGAGCAUUUAAUUUUCUUCCCCGUAGGCAGGAAGGAGUAACGUCAUUUCCGAUAAAACAAACAAUACUUUCCUAAAAGCAAAAAAAUACUGAUACUCUCUCUCUCUCUCUCUCUCUCUCUCUCGGCGUCAUCAAAAGCUCCAGAUCUUUUCACUAUCCUCUCUACUGUUCGUUUUCUAUUCGUUUGUUGGUUUCUCCAAAAACGAAAAUUCCGAGAAAAUUCAUAACCAUUUUACCAAGAAACCUUUUUACUUUCCGAAGCUCAAUUUCGCCAAAGAAAGUGGGGGGGGGGGGGGGGGGGGGGGGAGGGAGAGAUCUGAGCUCUGAUCUUCUUCAAACCUCAUUAAAUAUUAUCUGAUUCACCUGGUUGGCUUGAUGGGUUUUACCAAGAGGACCAGUUUUUCUUUGUUUAAUGUUUUGUCUCUGAGUUACACACACAUAUAUAAUAUAUAUAUAUAUAUAUAUUUAUUAUCUUGAAAUGUAUAUAAUAUAUAUACAUGGUAUCUGUAGUUAUAUAUAUAUAUAUAUAUAUAUAUAUAUAUAUAUAUAUAUAUUAUCUUGAAAUGUGCUUAGUGAUUUUCUGUGACAAUUCAAAUCCUAAAGAAUAAGUCUAAUAAGAGACAUGAAAAAGUCGUUGAGAAGUAUUAUUAGGAACAGUUGAAAUAUCUUAUUGCUCAAUCUAUAAGACUGGCUAUUUGUCUUAACAUGGUAUCUGUAGUUCUUAUUAUUAUUAUUAUCUUCUUUUGUUUAUUCCUAAGCUCGAUCCUUAUUUUUAUAUCAGGUUAUAUUUUGGGAAGGUUGCAUCACCGUAAACCUAGUGAACUUGGUCCGCAUAGUAAGGCCAACACAUGUCUACAAUGAGUAAAAGGAAGCUUGGCUUCUCACUUGUACAACAGUAAGCAACUUCUCUAGAUCAUAUAUUUAAUUUGUUUUGUUCAGUAAACGAAUGCAAUGUCGAACUAUUGAUUAAUGGCCACUAACCUCUAUUAUUGUCUUCACUCUUCAAUGUUUAUUUUUUGAAACUCAAGAAUUUGAUGAGCUUUCAUACGAAUAAUUUAGAUGUGCAUCCUUGAUACACAGGUGAAAACCACAUGAACCGUUAGCUGGGAUUUGAGAGGAGUUUAUGGAUUCGGGGCUUUGCUUUUUCAGCUUAUAGCUGCCAGAAACCCUCAACAAGGCGGCCAUGAAUGCAGAGGAGAAGGUUGUGGACUCAAGAUUAAAUGGGAGAUUUGAUUUACAAGAGGUGAUUGAAGUUACAGCUUUUGCUUAUAGAUGCAUCUCUCGUGCACCCAGGAAACGUCCGAACAUGAGGGAUGUUGUGGAGGUGUUUUAACACGAGUCUUUAAUGUGAGAUAUUCAAGAAAACGUCAGAAUAAGAAGUCUGCCUCCCCUUCUCCACUUCCUCCGACGGUGGAGUCCAGUGGUGAGCAGACUGGAAAUAAAUUAUCAGUUCGGUCGGAAAAUCAUAGGAGAGAUAACUCCAUGGACAGUACACUUGAAGAACCGAAAUGUGUGUUUAAGAUUAUAAUUAUGAUAAUAUUUAUUUAGUUAUUUUUGGGUGGGUUUUAGGAUAUACCCUGAUGUUAUGUAACUGGAAUUUGGUUAACAGAACCUUGUCUAUA